GCCGCCCUCUGCGCUGCUCUCCUCGGCCUGUGAACACACGCACACACGGGGGGGGUGGAGGAACUUUGACCGGUUCCCUCUAGUUGUGCUAGUUAGCAGCCAGCUAGCUGCUUUCUCCUCCUCCUCUCCUCCUCUCCUCCUCCUCCUUGUUUCAUCUUCAGUGAGCGUGUCGUGGUGUUCACAUGCAGAGAGAUGUGGUUUAUUUACCUGCUGAGCUGGCUGUCGCUGGUGGUCCAGAUCUCCUUCGUGACUCUCGCUAUAGCUGCUGGCCUCUACUACUUGGCAGAACUAAUAGAAGAAUACACAGUAGCCACCAGUCGAAUAAUAAAGUACAUGAUAAUGUUCUCGACAGGUGUGCUGGCAGGUCUCUACAUUUUUGAAGGCUUCCCAGUGUUUAUGGUGGGAAUUGGCCUCUUCACCAACCUGGUGUACUUCGGCCUCCUGCAGACGUUCCCCUACAUACUGCUGAGCUCUCCAAACUUCAUCCUCUCCUGUGUGUUGGUGGUGGUGAACCAUUAUAUGGCCUUCCAGUACUUUGCACAAGAGUAUUAUCCAUUCUCAGAGGUGCUGGCAUACUUCACCAUCUGCCUGUGGGUGAUCCCCUUCGCCUUUUUUGUGUCACUGUCAGCGGGAGAAAACGUUCUUCCGUCCACCAUGCAGCAAGGAGAUGACGUGGUGUCUAAUUACUUCACCAAGGGCAAGCGGGGGAAGAGGUCUGGGAUCCUCCUCGUGUUCUCUUUCCUCAAGGAGGCAGUGCUGCCCAGCCGACAGAAAAUGUACUGAGGAGCUAAGACUCGAGGGGGGGGUGCAGCCUCGGGCGUCUGGGGUUUGUGAGUUUGUGUAUGUGUUGGAGAUUAACGUGGGAAGCAGGAAGGACUACGGAAAAAUUAGUUUUUCUGGUUGGGAUUAAAACGAAGCAGUGGCCAAAGUUGGAAGAAGAGCACACACAGAGUGGAUGGACCAAUGAACAGAACAGAGCUUCCUGCUGGACGAGCCCCGACGAGUUUACACAGGCCACGUUCGUCUCUCUUUGUCUUUUUUUUUUUUGUCCGUCUGUACUGACUGCCAACAACAUCUAACAGAGACCUCACUUAGGGGAUCUCGUCUGUAGCGCAACGCUUUCUAAUCGACUCAUUGGACUCCACCAUUUUGUAAGCUUUGGUAUAAAAAUGUGAUACGUGCGGGGUCUGAAAUUAACAGUUUUGACUUAAGCAGAUAAAUCCUUCUUUCUUACGUUUCUUCUUCAGAUGACACCUGUUGUUUUUUUCUGUCAUGUUGCUCACACUUCAUCAUGAUUCAAACACAAAGUAGCACUACAGGGACAAAACACAGCUCUACAUCUCCUCAGUUGAAGGUUCGAUCGACAGCUUAAAGGCAUUUUUUGGCAAAAAAUCUAACGUCCAUGCUUGGAUUUGUAAACCAGCUGCACAGAAAAUGCCUUAGGUCACCACAGAAGUGCUUACUCAUAUUGCUUUAAAUGACAAAGGGCAAUCUGAAGUUGAAUUGUAAGGAAUCAGCAUCUGAUCUAUGGAGACGUCCCAUUCUGAUUCUAAAACGUGACCCUGCCGCAGCAAAAAAGGGUUAGUAAAAGCAAUUGGAAAGGAUUCAUUCAUAAUAAUAAUUAAACAUCCUUUAAUAGAGUGACGCCUCUGACAUGUGGCCACUGAUACAAUGCACUUUUUUUUUGUUUUCUUGUCUUGUAUCUACACUUUUCAUUAAUCACCAGCGCUGUAGUCUGCAACAUGCCUGUCUUUUUAAAAACAUUUACAGUAAUAACAGACUGACUUCUUUUGUACAUUGAUCGUUGAGUUAACCUGACAUCAGAGACAAAUGGGAAAAAAAAACAAAAACUGAAGAUUGAACCUGUGCAAUGAGUCGGCGGAGGACAAAAGCUGCGCAAAGUGGUUUGAUGAAAGUAAAAAAAAGGCUGAAAUACUUUUUACCAAUUACAGAGUGCGAUCCAUUUGUAGGCUGGUAUGCACACAAGUGUAUAAUAAAAUAAAGGAAGAUUUUGUUGGAAAAAA